AUGCAUUGGAGUAGACUCCUGCAUCUGGCACUUGCGCCCCUUGCCGCCGCCCAAAUCUACUCUUUCUCUCCCGCGAGCGAUAUCGUCUAUAGCGUGGUAGUACCUGAAAGCACAGCUUCCUCCAACUCCGGGCCAAUCUACUUCCAGAUCUGCGCACCCGCCUCGUAUCAAUGGGUGGCUCUUGGCCAAGGCUCGCAGAUGGCGGGCUCUAACAUGUUCGUCAUGUACGCCGCCUCUGCCAACAACGUCACCCUCUCUCACCGGUCUGGCAGGGGUCGCUUCUCGCCGAGCUACAACCCCGAUGCGCAGAUCGAGCUCCUAGACGGUACUGGUAUCAGCAACGGGUACAUGACUGCCAAUGUGCGCUGCAAUAACUGCCUUCAAUGGACCGGCGGCUCUCUGGAUCCGUCCAGCAGCUCAAGUAGCUGGAUCUGGGCAGAGAAGCAGGGUCCCGCGAUUGACUCCAGCGAUCCCACGUACGCUAUCACGCGGCAUGAUUCCCGCGGCGUGCACGCCAUUAGUAUGUCACAGGCCCGCGUGGCCAACGUGGAUGCAUCAAACCCGUUCGCUCGGCAGAACGCGGCCUCAACCCCACAGACAGUAUCGGGGACCACAGCCUCCAAUUCAGACUCGAUAUUAAUAGCCCACGCCGUCCUCAUGAGCGUCGCCUUUGUCGUGUUCUUCCCGUCCUUCGCUAUCUCAAUCCACAUUAUCCCCUACUCCAAGACCGUCUCGCGCAUCCACGCACCACUGCAACUCUUCACCCUGGCUAUGGCCCUCGCGGGACUCGGACUGGGAGUCUACCUCGGCGUCGAUACAAACCAAAUGGACAAGUACCACCCGAUCAUCGGGCUGGUCGUUAUCGGAAUGCUGGUUCUCUUCCAGCCCCUCAUGGGCUUACUCCAACAUGUGCAUUUCCGACGCACCGGCGGGAAGAGUUUCUUCGCAUACGUGCAUUGCUGGCUAGGCCGGACCCUGAUCGCCCUUGGCAUCAUCAACGGCGGGUUAGGGUUCCUGCUUACCAAGAAUGCGGGCAACCCUGCGCCGAAGGGCGCGGUCAUCGCCUACUCGGUUGUUGCAGGUGUGGUCGGCCUGGCGUAUCUCAUUUUCGUGAUUGUGCUUCCGUUCAGGUCGAAGAAGGGUGCUGCGCCGCAGAAGGUGGCGUUGUCGAAUGGGUCAGGUGAGGGAAUUGCUGCGCAGUAG